AUGUUUUCCUCGGCGGAUAACAAGCUGCUGGACCAGAUAUUCAACCUCAAGUUCACGAGCAAGCAGCUGGUGCGGGCCUCCAGGAAGUGCGAGGCAGAGGAGAAGGCCGAAAAGAUAAAGAUCAAGAAGGCCAUCGAAAAAGACAACCAUGAGGGCGCCAAGAUCUAUGCCCAGAAUGCCAUCCGGAAGAGGGCGGAGGCCCUGAACUACCUCAGGCUGGCCUCCAGGCUGGAUGCAGUGGUGUCCAGGCUUGACACGCAGGCCAAGAUGCAGAUCAUCAACAAGAGCAUGGUUGGCAUCGUGAAGUCACUUGACUCGGCACUCAAGGCUAACAAUCUUGAGAAGGUUGCUGCAACCAUGGACCAGUUCGAGAAGCAGUUUGAGAACCUGGAUGUCCAGAGCGAGUUUGUGGAGCAGGCCAUGGGCAACCAGGCCGCGCUCUCCACACCCGAGGACGAGGUCAACCUCCUCAUGCAGCAAGUGGCCGAUGAGCAUGGCCUGGACACCAAGCUCGGCCUCCCAGCGGCGGGUGCAGCCCAGGCAGCUCCCACACCAGCGCAGAAGGAAGGCAACGACCUCGCACAGCGGUUGGCGGAGCUGCGAGGCAAGUAG